GAUAGGGUCUUGUGGCCGCACUAGAAGAAAUAUACCCUUCUACACAUCACCGUUUCUGUGUACGCCAUAUGUAUACCAACUUUCAGAAAAAAUGGAAAGACGAACAUAGGUCACUGUUUUGGCUUGCUGCAAAAUCCACUAUGAUGUCUACCUUUGAAAAAUACAUGAAUAAGAUAAAGGAUAAAGAUUAUAGUGCAUGGGAAUAUCUCAGUGAAGUCAGCGUGGAGAGAUGGAGUAGAGCACAUUUUGAAAACCAUGUCAAGUGUCAUUUGUUCUAAAGUAGCAUCAUUGAGUGCUUCAAUGGAGUGAUAAAAACAUAUCGAGACAAUCAUGUGGAUAUUCUUAUCGACAAUAUAAGCCAAUGAAGUUAAUGAGAAAAAAAAGAAACAAAUGAAGAAAAGGACCGGCUUAAUAUGUCCAGAGACACUAAAUUAAAGAAGUUGAAUAUUUACAUUAUGGAAUCUACUAAAUGGCUAACAAUUUCAUGUGGAGAAGUUAUAUUUAAGGUUACACUUCGACCUAAAAGGUUUGUUGUUCAUCUUCUACACCAUACAUGUACUUGCAGGCUAUGGGACUUGACAGGUGUGCCUUGUGUUCUUGCGUGUGCUGCUAUAAUUUCUAUGAAAAGAAGACGAGAAGACUUUGUGCAUCAAUAUUUCACCUGGGAGUACUUUUUCAGGGCGUAUGAGUAUGAAAUUAAUCCGAUGAGCAGUAUUGCUUUUCCCCCUAAAGCUGACAGUGUGCUAAUACAGGCACCACUACUAAGAAGGCCGCCCGGGAGGCCAAAAAACAGAGACACAAGUCUUCGUUAGAAGGUAGGGAUCCUCAUAAAGCAAAAAGAAAAUAUGGGGUGAUCAAGUGUGGUAAAUGUGGACAGCUUGGACAUAAUAAGAGAUCUUGUAAAGAGAAUGAGCAAUUUCUUUCAUGCAAGAAGUACCCUGAUGAUGUCUAGUUUCAAACGUGCUAGUUGUGUGAAGACAAGAAGAAGAGAU